GUGUGUGUGUGUGUGUGCGCGCGCUCCGAGACCGAGAGCGUGCCAUUGAGAUAAAACGAGGGGGUCUGCGUUUGUAAUGCGCGAACGUGUGUGAUGAAGAGGUGGGGGGUGAGAGACCCCGUCGUGUUUUGACCCCCCAAACAACUCCAGAUCUCAAUCUUUCCCUCCAUCGACUCUUUUCUAUUCCCUCUCCCCUCUCUCUCGCGCGCAGGUUUAAAGCACCAUCGCUCAUCUCGUGCUGACAUAUUCCAACUCGUCGCAUCGGUCUAUGAACAUCGGCAACGACCAAAAAAGGACGCCUCUCUACUCGCUUGCCAUCUAGCCAGCAGCACGCCGACCUCCGACACACAUUCUGUGGAUCACUGCGCUAUCACGGCCGCAGCCCUUGCAGGAUACUCGUGCCACGGCCUGAGAAAGAGCUUGGACAACCCGGAUUUCGCUCUCGUGUGGAGAAGUGACAGAACGCCUGCGCCGAAGCGCUGGACUGGCGGAUUGGUGUGUCGUCUUCCUCGGUGUGGGACUGACUUCCGUGUCGCAUGGAUAAGAGGUAUGAGGAGUUGGUGCAGUACCCAGUCUCCGAGGGCAUGCAAGUGGGAGGGUAUGAAGAGGCGAUGAGGUCAAUGCCACCCCACCACUAUAGCCACACCAUCCCUGACUCCCUCAAACACCACCGUGACCAGAUCUAUGGCCACCCUCUUUUCCCUUUGUUGGCCUUGGUGUUUGAGAAGUGUGAGCUGGCCACCUGUUCACCCCGAGACUCCUCACUCUCAGUACCGCCCCAUUUCGCGGGCCUCACCAAUCAUAGCGAUGUCUGCUCAUCAGAGUCCUUCAAUGAUGACAUCGCAGCAUUUGCCAAACAGAUUCGUUCAGAGAAGCCAAUUUUUUCAACAAAUCCUGAACUGGAUAGUCUGAUGAUCCAGGCCAUCCAGGUUUUGCGCUUCCACUUGCUGGAGUUGGAGAAGGUGCAUGAACUCUGCGAUAACUUCUGCCAUCGGUACAUCACCUGUCUGAAGGGCAAGAUGCCCACUGAUUUGGUGCUGGAGGACCGUGAGGGCGGGUCGAAGUCUGACAUGGAGGAUUUUACUGGGUCAUGCACAAGUCUGUCAGAACAGAACCAGUCUUGGUUGCGGGACCCAGAUGAUUGUGGCUCCACCCCCUCAGGUACUCCCGGCAUAUCCUGUGGUUUAGCCUCCCACAGCACUGACAACUGCAGCGAUGCAGGAGACGGUUUGGAUGGUGGGAUGGCCUCGCCCAGCACCGGGGAGGAGGAUGAGACGGACAGAGAUCGGAGGAGUAGCAACAAGAAGAGAGGCAUCUUCCCCAAAGUGGCCACCAACAUCAUGAGAGCAUGGCUUUUCCAGCAUCUAUCACAUCCGUACCCAUCAGAGGAACAGAAGAAACAGCUAGCGCAAGACACCGGGCUCACCAUCCUCCAGGUUAACAACUGGUUUAUCAAUGCCAGACGCAGAAUUGUCCAGCCCAUGAUUGAUCAGUCAAAUCGCUCAGGUCAAGGUACCCCAUACAGUCCAGAGGGGGCAGCACUAGGUGGAUACCGAUUGGAUGAACAAGCUCAUCUGAGUCUUCGGACUGCAGGUCUUCAGGGAAUGCCCUCUCUGGCUGCUGACUACCCCGGGGCUCUGCUGUCUCAGCCUGGCUACUCCCAUGCCCCCACGCUGCACCCGUACCCCGGACCCCAUCCAGCCAUGCUGCUGCACCCCCCACCCCACCCCCACACCCACCCACACCCCCACCCCCACCCAGCCGAGCCUCUCUUAGGACAAAGCCUGGACAUUCAUGCCCAUUAA